GCCUCUUUAUUAGUAUAGCUCGUACUGAUUGGACAACUGCCGAUGGAAUCCGGAGAGGCUGAAGCAGGGAUUGCCAUGGCAACGCGUGGUGCCUUCACUCCUCUCCGCCCAGCCAGCUGAAAUGGGGCCAGAGAGCCUACAGCAGCCCCAGCCACAUAAGGCAAAAAUAUGUAUGUGGAAAUAUCUAGAUGUUCACUCGUUGGACCUCAUCAAUAAUGCUGGAACAACUGAUGAGCUGAAGAGUCUCCUCUGUGAGCUCUUUGAUCUGAAGGAUUUGGAAUCGAAUUCACGCUCUGCAAUCUUGUUAGAUUUGUAUUUCUACACCAUCCAGUUCUGCCAAGAGCAGGGCUUCAACCAGGAACAGACCUCUGCUUUCUUCUCGAUUGUGAAGGACGUGCACGAGGCCUGUGUGGAAACACCGCUCCCCAAUGUGGAGGAAUGCUAUAACUAUUUCUCCGAACUCGUGUUCUGCCACUCCAUUCGGAGACCCCCCUUCAGCAUUGAUCUCUUCAAUCAGGACCAGCUGCUACUCCUAACUGACUACAUGAUUAACACCUACUUCCGUCACUACAAGCUUUACAAAUACGCUUUCACCCCGCAGGUGCGGCUGGACGUCUCAUUCACCUACAUUGGGAUGCCUGAACCAGAGCCCAAAGAUGAAGACACUACAGCUGAGAGUCCAGAAGCAGGACUAUCCCCUUUGCAAGAGGAAUUGGAGGAAGCCGUUGCCCCUGCAGAAAGUCCCACGGCCGCUCUGCGGGACUUCAUUGUAUCUCAGCUCAGCCAGGAGUUAUCCCAGCUGCGCCUUUCCAUCGAUCAGCGUCUAAAAGCAACAGAGGACCAGUUUAAUGCCAAGCUGAUCCAGCUGGAGAAAGGUGCUGGUGCCAGCAAAGGUGCUGGUGCCAGCAAGGGCAAGAAGAAGUAAGCAGACUCGAAAAGGUGGGGUGCGAAGGGCCACUUCCUGUCCCAGGACUGUCUGUUUCCGGGGCUUCUGCAGCGAGAUUACGAGGGGCCACAGAAAAGCCACGAGAGCAGACAGAGGAUGUCAGUUAAAAUAUGGGGGGCAGAUGGAUUUCUAAAAGGCUUUUGAAAAUGUGGUAUCGUUUACUGAAUAUCUUUUCUGAGGUAGUAAGGUCUUAUACUAGCAGCAGGAAGUUCUGCGUUCCUUGUGCACAUGAUAUUACAAUAUUAAAGUGUGUUUCAAAGUU